CUUCCCCCUUGAUGUCUGUCAUUGGAAAAAACCCAAAACAAAAAAAACCAAACAUUUUUUUCAAAAUUCAUAAAUUUAAAUGUCUAAUUCAGAAGAACCCUUUCGUUUGCGCAAACGUUUUCGUCACGAAGAGGAGGGAGAAAUUGUCAGACAACACCGAACUUGGAAUAAAAAUAUAAUCGAUUUGGAAACGGGAACCUAUUUGGGUCGGACACCGAAACGUUGGCUAUAUCUACUACUCUUCUUUCUGGCAUUCUACAGCUGUUUGGCAAUUUUGUCAACUCUUUGCUAUGUAUCCUUUCGUCUAACUCUGGCACGUGAUAAACCCAAAUGGCCGUUGAAACAACCAGGAUUUAGCUUUGAACCCAAUAUAAACUCCGAAAUGAAUAUUUUCUAUAAUCCCCACAAUGAAGAUGAGGUCUCAAUAUUUGUGGAACACAUAGAGAAUUCCUUGAGGAAAUAUGGCGAUAUUCCGGAAAACUAUUUUGGAAACUGUUCCAUUUCCGAGGAGUUUGGUUAUGCCCAAGCCAGACCUUGUGUAUUCCUGAAAAUAAAUCGCAUAAUUGGUUUUAAAUGUGAAACCAUUGAAAAGCCGGAAGAUCUACCACCAGAAGCUCCCCCAGAUUUACAUCGCUUAUUGACAGAAAUGUCUGAGGAAAAUCGCCAGGGACGCAUAUGGGUAUCGUGCCAAUCCAAUCCAUCUCUGCUGCUGGUAUAUUUGCCCCAAAGGUUUUUCAAUGCAUCCAUUGUGAAUCUUUCAAGAAUUGUGGAAAAUAGAGCGGUAAAGGAGCCCCGUGGUUAUGCGAAAAGAAAUUAUGCCAGAUUUUAUAAUACCACGGAUUUUCAACGUAUUAUAGCUGUACAGAUUUUAAAUGUAAUUAGCAAUGUCAAGUAUUCUAUUUUGUGUUCUCUGUGGGCCAAAAAUAUUGAACGUGAAAUUCAUGUUAAACAGGGUGACCGGGGCAGUAUUUCGUUUAACUUGCGCCUCAAUGAAGGGUGAAUGAAAAAAACGUAUUUUAUUUUAAAUAAAAAUUGGACACAUA